UCGCCGCUGCCGCCGCGACUUGCGAGCGCGCGCUGAGCUCCGUGCCCGGCGCUCCGCACCGCGCAUCGCAACCCGCUCCGCGCCUCCCCUGGAUACGCUGUAGCCGGGAUCUCCUCCUUUUCACGCCCCGCAGGAAAUUAAGAGUUCAAGGAAAGCUUUAAAAGGGGAGUUUUCUGGGAAGGAAAUAAUAUUUUUGUGGUUGUUUUUUUUUUUUAAUGAAGAAAAUAAUCUGAAUUGCCUACCGUUUCUAUGGUAGAGUAACUUGUGUUCUUGCAGCGCAGGAGGAAUUCUUUCCUGCAUUACAAAUUUGGAACAAGUGUUAAAAAGUGAGAGUUGGAAAAUGGUUCUUUCAAAGAGGCAUGGAUGUAUCAGGAUGUAGCUACUGUACGAAGUUUAUACUCUGAUAAUUCUGGACAGGAAAAAGAAGCCCUGUUUGUGACCUCCUGUAGAGGCUACCGUCCUUCAAGCCUCAGCAUAAUGAACAAUUUCCAUCAUGUGGCGCUGAAGUUACCACCUCUGACUACCACACUGCACAGAAGAGUUUGUAAGCAUUACAAAGAAAGUAAUUCCUGCUAUUGGCAUUAAACCAAACAAAAGAGGCUCUUCAUUCACAGACUUUACACCAGGACAAAAAUAGAGGGAAGCUGAAGCUUUUCUAUGCCCUGGCCUGGUGUGCUUAUGUACCAUGAUAAAUCUUGGUUGGAAUGCUCAUUGAGUAUCGUGCCUGGAAACACAUGCCACCCAGAAGGACCAUCUGAGUAAACAACACUGAGGAAAACACAGCUCCAUGGAGUAAACCAUAAGAGAGACUCGCAACAAAGUCAUUCCUUUACUGGAUAUUCUAAAGCACAAAAGUUACUCAUACCUUUAAAUACGAUUGAUGAAGAUCAGAACUGUAUACAAAUCUCAUCAUUCCUGACCAUGAUUAGUGUAACCUGGAGCAUCUUCCUAGUUUGGACUAAAAUAGGGCUGUUACUUGACAUGGCACCUUAUUCUGUUAGUGCCAAACCAUGUCCUUCAGUAUGUCGCUGUGAUGUGGGUUUCAUAUAUUGUAAUGAUCGCGAUUUGACGUCUAUUCCUACAGGAAUCCCAGAGGAUGCUACUACCCUCUUCCUUCAGAACAAUCAAAUAAAUAAUGCUGGGAUUCCUUCAGAACUGAAGAACUUGCUUAGGGUGGAAAGAAUAUAUUUGUACCACAACAGCCUAGAUGAAUUCCCAACUAACCUCCCUAAGUAUGUUAAGGAACUGCAUUUGCAGGAGAAUAACAUAAGGACCAUUACUUAUGAUUCACUUUCACAAAUUCCGUAUCUGGAAGAACUGCAUUUGGAUGAUAAUUCAGUUUCCGCUGUUAGCAUCGAGGAUGGAGCUUUCCGGGACAACAUCUAUCUCAGACUUCUUUUUCUCUCUCGAAAUCACCUUAGCACCAUUCCCUGGGGUUUGCCUAAAACAAUAGAAGAGCUACGCUUGGAUGAUAAUCGUAUUUCCACGAUUUCAGAACUGUCCCUUCAAGACCUUACAAAUCUAAAACGCCUUGUUUUAGACGGAAAUCUUCUAAAUAAUCAUGGAUUAGGAGACAAAGUCUUCAUGAAUCUAGCCAAUCUUACAGAAUUGUCAUUGGUCCGCAAUUCACUCACAGCUGCACCAGUAAAUUUGCCGGGAACAAACCUAAGAAAGCUCUAUCUUCAAGAAAACCACAUCAACCGUGUGCCACCCAAUGCUUUCUCUUACCUAAGGCAGUUGUAUCGACUAGAUAUGUCCAAUAAUAAUCUUAGCAAUUUACCUCAGGGUGUCUUUGAUGAUCUGGACAACAUAACUCAACUGUUUCUUCGCAACAACCCUUGGCACUGCGGAUGCAAAAUGAAAUGGGUGCGCGACUGGUUACAGUCAUUGCCUUUAAAGGUUAAUGUACGUGGACUGAUGUGUCAGGCACCAGAAAAAGUACGUGGAAUGGCUAUCAAAGACCUCAAUGUGGAACUAUUUGAUUGUAAGGACGAUGGCAUGGUGAGCACCGUCCAAAUCACUACUGCAGUACCAAACACGUUAUACCCGGCCCAGGGACACUGGCCGAUCUCUGUGACCAAACAACCAGACAUCAAGACUCCCAACCUAAAUAAAAACCUCAGAACCACAGCAAGCCCCGUACACAAAAUCAUUACAAUAUUUGUAAAAUCUGUAAGCACGGAGACUAUUCAUAUCUCCUGGAAGGUUGCACUACCAAUGACUGCUUUAAGACUAAGCUGGCUCAAGAUGGGUCACAGCCCUGCCUUUGGAUCUAUAACUGAAACGAUAGUUACGGGUGACAGAAACGACUAUUUGCUGACGGCUCUCGAACCAGAAUCACCAUACCGUGUAUGCAUGGUUCCCAUGGAAACCAGCAACAUCUAUCUCUCCGACGAAACGCCCGAAUGCAUCGAGACUGAGACAGCACCUGUUAAGAUGUACAACCCUACCACGACCCUCAACCGGGAGCAGGAGAAAGAACCUUACAAAAACUCCAGUUUGCCCUUGGCCGCCAUCAUUGGCGGUGCGGUGGCGCUGGUGGCCAUAGCACUGCUGGCCCUGGUCUGCUGGUAUGUCCACAGAAAUGGGUCCCUAUUCUCCCGGAACUGCACCUACAGCAAGGGACGGAGGAGAAAAGACGACUACGCCGAAGCGGGAACCAAGAAGGAUAACUCCAUCCUAGAAAUCAGGGAGACUUCUUUCCAGAUGAUACCAAUAACCAAUGACCAAGUGUCCAAGGAGGAAUUUGUAAUACACACUAUUUUCCCACCUAACGGCAUGAAUCUGUACAAGAACAGCCACAGUGAAAGCAGUAGUAACAGGAGCUACAGAGACAGUGGUAUUCCAGAUUCAGAUCAUUCACACUCAUGAUACUGAAGGACACAAAAGACUGGUUUGGGUUUUGGGUUUUUUUGUUUUGUUUUUUAAAGAAAACAAGGAAAGACUGACUUAACAGUUGCUGUUCUACUGCAAAACACUGGAUUAAAAGACUGACAAAGCAAUGUACUGUACAUUUGCCACAUAAUUUAUAUUUAAGAACUUUUUAUUAAAAGUUUCAAAUUUCA